AUAUAUUGAAACCUAUACGUUUGGCCACAGUUUAAACUCUACUCCACCAGUCGUUGAAGUUGUACCGAUAAUGUCGAAUACAAAAACUGGUAAAGCACGUAAAGUUAUGCCGAAACGCCCAGUACCAGAAGGCGAGUCAUCAGAAUCAAGUGAAGAAACAAAAUCCCCAAGAUCUUCAUCUUUCGACUCCUUAGUGAUCAGUCGGAUGGAAGAAAAAGAAGAACUUCAGCAUUUAAAUGAUCGUUUUGCAAAUUAUAUUGAACAUCUUCAUAAAAACAUCUUCAAUAAAGAGUUCAGUGGUCAUAUUGACCUUUUAACGAGUUCUUUAAAAAAUGAAAUGGAUGACUAUGUGAAGGCUUUUUCAAAUGAAGUUGAAUUAUUGCGCCGAAAUUUGAACAAAACGUCACUUGAAUUAACUAAUGCUAAAAUUCAGCUGAAAAAAGUCACAUCUGAUCUAGAUGAAACAGUUGAACAACUUGAGCGUUCAAAAGCCAAUGAGACUGAAAUGGGUAAUAAAAUUACAUCAUUAACUGUUCAACUAUCUCAGUUACAAAAUCAAUUGGACGUAUGUAACAAUUACAAAACAGAUUAUGAUUCAUUGAUGGAUCAACAUAAAAUUUUAAAAUCUCAAUUGGAAAAUGAAACUCUGUUGCAUACUGAUACCAAAAAUAAGCUACUUACAGCUUUAGAACAAUUAGAGUUUAAAAAUCAGUUAUUGGAGAAAGAACGUAAUAUCUGGAAUAGCGAAUCAAUUCAAUCUCAUUUAACAUCUUUAAUCAAAAGUGUCGAAGCGAAUUCUCAUAAUAAACUCUGUCAUUUAUUAUCUGAAAUACGUUCGCAAAUGACAAUACAAUAUGAUCAAGCAAAAAAUAAAAUAAAAGAGGGUUUGAAAACAACUUUAGAUGCAGAAAAAUUACGAUCCAAUUCACUUGAACAAGAUCUUAAAAAUAAAAUAACCGAAUGUCAACGUUUAUCUCAAUUAGUAUCAUCACAAAAAAGUGAUUUAUAUAAUUGUCGUAAUGAAUUAGAAACUACUCGUAGACAACUUAGAGAUUUUGAGCAACAAUUAAAAUUUAAUGAAGAGAAAUUACAUGAAUUAAUUAAUCAACAUCGUUCAGAAGUAGAACGUUUGCUAGAACUAUUAACGGAUAAAUCAACUGAAUGUACUGAAUUAGCUGGAAUAAAAAUUCAAUUAGAUGCUGAAUUAGCAAUGUAUAGAAAAUUAUUAGAAGGUGAAGAAUCUCGCCUUCGUUUAUCUCCUACAGAAAAGAUCUUAAAAGGUAAACCAAUUGUUCGAACAAAUAUAACUCCUACCAAACGUACAUAUAGUGAUAUGUGUACAUCUUCAUUAACAUCAAAACAACAAUCAUUUGAAAGUUAUCUUCAUGAUGUUGAUUUAGAUCAUACAGGUGCUAAUGCUAUUAUUCAAUGUUAUCCUUUGACAAGUGAACGUAAAAUAUCUGAAAUUUCAGAUCCAAACUCAAAAAUAAUCAAUAUUGACUUCAAUUCACGUAGUUCUGGCUUAUCUACAUCUCCAUCAUCAUCAAGUUUAAUUGGGGAUUCUUUACGUAUAACAUGUCGUGCUGAUGGUCCAGUACAUUUUGCUAGUGCUGAUCCUGGAGAGGGUUUACUGCGUAUUUACAAUGCUAGUGAAAAUGCCAUUGACUUAAGUAAUUGGCAUCUGUACGCUGGACCAACUCAUGAAGGUUCAUCGGAUUACGUAAAACUGUAUACGUUUCAUAAAUCUCAAAUCAUGCAACCACACUCAGAAUUGCAAGUUUUUCUUUGCUUCGCAUCUGAACCUUCACAAGUCUCUUCUGCUAAACGUGUCCGUCAUGAUGUCACUGCAGUUUUGCAUUUAAUCACUCCAGUAUCUGUUUGGAAUCCUUACAGUAGUUUAAUUGCACUUCAAGAUUCAACUGGUUCAGUUCGAGCCACUUGUGAAAUGGAAUCAUGCUAUAGAAAAUCUGAAAAAAUAUCAACAUCAGAUGUUGUUAUCGUUGAUAAUAUGGAAGACAGCUUAAGUGAUAAAGCAUCUUCAGUUGGUUCAGAUAAUGAUUUCACCUCAAGCAAUGAUCCACAACAACAAACUGUAGAAGAAAAUAAUUUUAAAAAAUCAGUAGUGAAGGUGACCCGCUUGUCAGAAGAGACAACUAGAGCAUUUAAAAGUCAUGGUGAAUAUUUCGAUUUGCCGAAACAUGUUAGUUCAGUACGAUUUCGUAGUGAUAUUUGGCCAAAUGAAGUAAGUAUUAAAUUUUCAUAUUUGAAUAAUUUCGUCUUCAAUAUUCGUAAUACUCAUCUCAAUGAGGCAGAACAAAACGGACUCAAUCAAAACUUGAGUUAAAAAAUACACUGGUAUUCUAAAUCAAAUUGUGAUUAAGAAUGAAUAAGAACUGAACUGAAUCUGGAAAUAGCAUUGUAAUGAAAUAUGAUUUAGAACAACUGGUGAUUUUAUUGGGAUGAAAUAACCUGGAAUUGUUUUGUAUCAGUAAUCUGAAUAGAAUUAAACUGAUAUGAACUGAUGUGUGUCCUGUAUUACAACUACAUCUCAAAUAAUUGUACCACAAUAAAAUUAUCCAAUGAUAACUAUCCUACUAAUUCAAAGAAAUGAAUGGAUUGUUAAUAUGUCGAUAAAAUUGUCUGUCAGAUGAAAGGGAUGGAUCGUUAUCAAAAUUAACCGUAAGAAUGUUACUAUACAGGCACACCCAGCUGACGAGUCUCAAGUAAGACAAGACGCGCGUCCUGGAUUUCACUGCUAGCCACCAUCCAUCUGCUUAUAAUACUUGUAACUUAAGCCAAUAUCGAGGCAAUCCACACAGGAUGUACAUGUGCCAAUAAGUGACUAAUCAAUUGCAGUUCUAAACAUCAAUAGGAAGACUCAAACAACCAAUACAACGAUGAAUUAUUUACAAGAUAACCAAUCGAAUUGAGCUAAUAAAUAAUUGGUCUUAACUUGUUCAAUGUAUGAACUUAUUCACAUUUAAUUAGUUUUUUUUGCUCAGAAGUUCGUUUUCCCAUUGAACGUAUUUUUAAUGUUCUAUAUGCUAUGCCAAUCGAUACCUAGUUUGAUCAUGAUGGAUGAAACAGGUCAAUGUACGCGUCCUUUAACCACUUCACUUAUUUUAAGAGCCUUACAAGGUCUUGUUUCUUACUGACUGAUAAACUGAAAAAACCUGUUCUUUUUCCAACUUAUAUCAUGUAUGAUACUAAGGUUAUGUUCAUUUGUAUAUCACAAAUGAUUUUUACACUAUGGAGAGUAGUUAUUUACACUGAUAACCUACGAGUUUACAACACAACCAUCGUAAGUCGAAGAUGAGGAUAAGUUGGGAUUAUUUAAUCAUAGGUCGUCAAAAGAGCGCUAACGAGUACCAAGAAUAAGGAAGCCUUACUUAAGACUUCCAUUUUACUUACCCAAAAUAUGUAACAUAGAAUUUUUUCACUACAAGUUGGAAAUUUUAUUCUACAUAUAGUUUUAAAUGCCCAUCACAGAGAAGCUAUUCAUAAACUACAUUGGGAACACUUACAUAUAUACAGUUACUCACAAGUGUAUAUCUGUAAACCUAUUAAAAUUUUGAGACAAACAUAUAUAACAUUUUUUAAAUUGUUUCAGUACAGUUGGAUAGUAUCCAACAGCGGAUUCCAGAAUGUGUAUCUCGCCCUUUUUAAGGUCUUGUCAACUCAAUCUGCCUGAAUUUCAGUGUUGAUGUUCACAUUGAGACUCAAACCUAAUCCUUUUCGUUCUAAAACUAAACUCAUUAUCUCAGUCAGUCACAGCGUUAAACCUGUACGUAUGUACAUCGGUUCAAAUUGUCAUACCUCAUUAGCACAGCGAAAUGAGAUUGUCAGGUCAUAUCUCCGAGUACUAGAUGUAGCAGCAGUAAUAGUGGUAAUAAAAAGGAUUCGGCAUCGAAGAUACGAUUCGAGAAAAAAGAUUGGUUAUUGAAAUAAAAAAUACGACAGAAUCUAAAAGAAGACAAUUAGUAUAGUCACCUCCAUUAAUAUAAACGAUUUGGAGGGAUAUCAUUCUACGUCUCUAACCAUUGGCUACGACAAUCACAAGAGUUCUAACUAGGUAGUCUGUGCCUAUUGAUACGGCUAAGUCUAAUUUUCAGUAAUUUCAUGGACUUAUAUCAUGUUUACAAACUCUUUAUUAACUGAGUUAAUGUAUCCAGACAGUCAGUAGAUUACACUUUUCAAAACUUACAUUUAUCAAUUCUACGAAUAGACAUUAUAUGUUUCAAUCACCCAAUUUUAAUUCUGUUUUCUUCCAGUCCCAUUUGUCGAAAGAAGGAUCACGUAAAUAUACGUGUAUAUUAUUAUAACUGACGAGGAAACAAUUCAUGAAGAUCCUCGAUUAUAUUUUAUUCAGUUAUAAAACAGUAUUUUACAUCGAAUCAACCAACCAAAACACACACACACACAUAGACAAAGGGACGUAUAUACAUGUUGAUCAGUUUGGAUGAAACAAAAUUCUAUAAACUGCAUUAUAUCAUAUUACAUCAUAUCAAUUAUAUAUUCAUAAAGGAAGGGGUUUCCAUUGAAAACUAAAUUAUUUAGCUACUAUAUAAAAUGUUGUUUAAUUUAUUUUUCCAAAUGAACUUAUUUACAUACUUUGUUUUUCCUUCUUAUUUUCUCAUUCACAUUGAUUCAUACUUUUUUGUCGCUUACAUAAUUUGACUAUUUUUAUGUUAAAUUUCUAGUCUUUCUUCAGUAAUAUAUAACGCCAUGGUUAAUUGUCUCCGGUGUUGUUUUGUUUUUUCUGCCUCGAAAAAUUUAAUCACAUGGAAAACAGUCUAAUAGUUGUUAUGUUAUUUGUAUUCUGUGCUAUUGUCCAUGCUCGCCAGUUGUUAAAUUAAAAAAACCCCAACCCAUUGUGAUACAUUGUCAUGAUAUACUUCUACAUUGUGAAUUCAUGCUCACUUUAUCUAUUACUAAGACUGUUUCUAUCCAUACUACUAAAUUUGUUGACCUAAAUACACACACACACACAUCGAGACAAUAUUAUUUUGUAUUAAGCACUAUUAUUUCAUUUCAUAUACGCAAUUACCACACUUUAUUCUGUUCUGUCUCUAUCUAAUGUGUUGUUAUUAGCUUUUUUUUUCUUAAUUGACUUGUUUAUGCACGUUUUUAACUUUCACGCACUUUAAUUUGGCAUAGGUUUAAAACAAGAGAAAUUCUGUAGAAAAAUUAUGAUAAAUAAUUUGUUUGUUUAUUUUCUUUCCUUCUUGCAGUACUUCUCAUUAAGUACUUUCUUUAGUCUUGUGAAUAUUGUGAACACUAUGUUAAGCACAGUAACAAUGAAGUCUGUAUACAUAGGUGUACACAUAUUCUUUGUACUGUGUAGUUGAAUUUAUCCUCAUUUUAUGUGGUAGAUGAUGCUUGAUAUUGUUUUGUGUUCAAAUUGUUAAUGUUGGAAUAAUCAGUGAUGAACAUAUGAAACGGUGAUUGUUAAUGGUGGAUAAAUCAUAAACUUACUUUGAAUUGUUUGCAUGCUACCAGUUAUAUCAAUGUUCUAUAUGAUGAUGAAUUCAUUGAGAAUUUGAGUUUUUUGUGUCCAACAAUUGUACAUCUUGAUAAUUUCCACAGCAUUAUUGCUUCCUUUUUAUUUUUGAAAAAUAGUAUUUAGUGUGAAAGAAAAAUAUAUGCUUUCUGUUU